AUAGAUUCAAAGAAUUUUAAGAUUAAAAAACGAUUUUCUAUGUAAUUUGUGAUGCGUUAUGAUAGAGUCAAAGUUGAAUUCUCGGCGCGAACACGAUCAAUGUUGGUGCCCCUGCACAAGUAGCUCCUCAUGUCAAGAACAUUGCGUAUAGUUGGCUCUUCCGUUACGCGUUUUCCCGCGGAUUUCAUUGUUGGCUGUGUGGUGCUAGCCGUGUGCAGUAUAUCAUUUAAUGCGAUGCUUAUUUAAAUAUCGUGAAAGACGCUUGGUUUUUUUAACUAUUAUUUCCUCGGAAGAACGUUAUCGAUCGCGCAGCGACACGUUUUUUGUGCAACCGGCUGAACCGCGCCGACGAGUAGUCUUGGUUCUCGUUUAGGUUAUCGUGAGAGAGAGCUGCGCUGACAGAUCUGAGUGUGUAAUAACUUUGGAGGCAUGUUUUAAAUAAUAACCCGGCAUUUCGGUAAAAAAAAGGUUCGACAAAUGAAAAGUACGGGUAACAAUUCGAUGGAGGAUUGUACAAUAGAAACAAUCACACCUGCAAAGAAAAAAAAAUGAAACAAGCACAACUACCAUUUCAAACGUUAAGUUCCCCCAAAUUACCAACUGAUAUAUCUAGUAAAAAAAGGAAGAGGAAGACGAUGUCACCUUUGAUAGGAUCUAAGAGUCCCAAAGUAGUGAAACUUACAACAAAAGAGAAUUCUGUUCGAAGGACCCUUAAGAAAGAAGAAGAAGAAUCAGACAACAUAAAAUUUAAUAGCAAUGAUAUAAUUGAUAUAAUUUCAUCAGACGAUGAAAGGAAAGAUCUGGAGCAAGAUGAUCAGCGAAUGGACAGGAAAUAUGAUAGUACACCUAAAAAGAAGAUUCGGAAAAAUAAAAAAUUGGAUAGAUCUCAACAGAAACCUGGUGCCUUAACUAAGUUCCUGAGAAAAGCAGACAAAGAGGUUGAAGAAAAUGAUAUUAGUCAUGACAAUUUAUCUGAAUUGAAAAAUAAAAAAGAUUAUCAAGAUACAUCUGUAUGUAAAGAUAAAAAUGAAAUCUGUGCGAAUGAAAGCUCAAGCACAGGACUUAUCCAAUCUGAACAACAUCUGGAUAAGGCUCAAUCUAAUUCAAAUAUAGAUGAUCCUAUCAACAAAGGUACAGAUGUUUCUGUCCAAGAAUCACACUGUGAUAUUACUAAUUUAUCUUCGGAUAGUGAAACUUUGAGUGAAUUGGAUAAAUCAACGUUAAAUGAGAAUAAAGAAGCAACUGAGCCCACAACUCCUGUUACACCAAAAAGUAAUAAAGAUAUGAAGAACAAAAUUAAAAAAUUAACGCCAAAACAAGUAGAAAAAAAAGAGGCAAUUGCUAAAAGAAAGGAAGAAAAACUAAAAUUAAAAAUGGUAUGAAAAAAGAAAAAACGAGAAGAGGAGAAAGCAAAUCGACGAAGAGAAAGAGAAGAGAAACAAAGAGAAAAAGAAGAAAAAGAAAGGAUAGAAAAAGAGCAGAAGAAAAAAGAAAAAGAAUUAAAAGAGCUUAAAAAACAGAUGGAGAUCGAACAAAAACAAAAAGAAAAAGAAGCGAGAGAAGAAGAACGAAAAAAACGAGAAGAAGCUAAGGAAGAAGAGAAAAAAAGAAAAGAAGAAGAACGAUUGGAAGCUGAACGUAAGAAACAAAAAGCUGCUUCAAAUUUUGCUAGUUUUUUUGUUCCUAAAAAGCAGGAAAUUAAAUUGGUGGAAGAAGAGAAUAUCGUUGAAGUGAGAAAUUUUAUGCCGUUUGAAAUAAAGGCUGAUAUGAGAAUUGCUCCGAUUUAUCGACGAGUGUUAAGUGAACACGAGAAAUUAUUGUUAGAUGAAAAAUGCAAUCUAGAUUUAGAUAAAAACGAAUUGUAUCUUGAAGAUAUUAAGAAAGGAAGAAUUGUACCACGCUUUUCUUCCAAAACAUGGCCGCUCGAAACAAAGGACGAUGAUAUUAUUUUAUUAGACGACGACAACGAUGGCAGCUCCAACAUAAUAACAGACACGCACAACUUGGAGAAGCACCGGCCAAAAUUAUUGCAGUUUAAUGAAAAUCGUCGUCCUCCAUAUUGGGGCACGUGGCAGAAACGAAGUAACGUUCUAAAUUCCCGGCGGCCGUUUGUGAAAGACGAGAAAUGGUUUGACUAUGAAGUCGAUUCUGAUGACGAAUGGGAAGAAGAAGAACCUGGUGAAUCUCUUAAAGGAUCAGAUGAUGAGAAAGAUGAAGAAAAUACGGAAGAAAACGAAUACGACGUCGAUAAUGAAUUCAUGGUUCCUCACGGAUAUUUGUCUGAUGAAGAAGCGCAAGCUGAUGAAGAAGAAAUGGAGGAUAUGUCGCCGCAAACACAGAAGAUAAAACUGAAAAUAUUGGGAGAGCAAUUUGAAGCCGAAAGAAAUGCAAAGACCUACAAACUUAAGCCAAAAAUAAUUGGAUGCAUCUGGCAAGGACCGGACAAUUUAUUUCCGGAAUCUAUUCCUGCUAAGAUCAAAGAGUUCUUAUCAGCGCGACAAGCUUGGGUUAGUAAUAUACCGAUAAUAUUUCCAUCGACAGAAUUACCAGAAGAGGAUAUUUCGGCUGAUGUUCAAUGUAAAACACCUUCUCAACAAUCUAUGAGAGGAUCAAAGAAGACUAAAUUUCCUGAUGAAGCUGUGCCCGAUUUGAUCCGAUUAGUGCAUGGAAACAGAGACGGCAGACUUACUCUUAUGAGAGAGUUUAUAACAUUCUGGAACAGAAAUGAUGGGAGUUAUUUGUCAAAAGUUAGCGUAUUGUCAAAGAUCAAUGAAAUCGCUAAUAAGAUAGCAUGUCCUGAAGAGGGACCGAUGCAUCUCAAAUCUUGUUGGUAUGUUCCGGAGCAUAUUCGAAAACAAUAUUUUCCCGAUACCAACUUAUCGUUGCCUAACAGCUGGAAGUAUUUGAGAUCAAAUCGGAAAGGCGACACUGAAAAUAUUCCAGCUGAUAAGAAGGAAGAAAAGGAAGAAAAAGAAAAGAAACACGUACCACUUAUUACUCAAUUCACUAAGAAAAUCACACAGGAAGAGAUGAAAAAACAAUUGACAAAAUCCGACCAGGAAGAAACGAAAAAUCAAUCAACAACGAGAUCUGAUCAAGAAGAGACAAAAGAACAAGCGACAGCGAAAUUCAAUCAAAAGGAAACUAAGAAACAAUUAAAAGUCGAUCAAACCCCCGUUAUAUCGAAAUUACCUCCACUACAAAGACCUCCUAAACGAGCAACUUUAAUCUCUGUAGGGAGAGGAGAACAUUUUUCGGAAAAAUCUCGACAGAAUAUGUUAGCUACAUUUAUCAGUAUUAAUAAAAAGAAAGAGGAGUCAUCAAGCAAUAAAACCACAGUUAAUUCGGAUGAAGUUAUGUUCAUAGAAAAUAUUGAUACACGUAAGACAGAUGAAAAAUUAGAAUCAAAUAAUAAAACGUAAAACUUUCAUGAUAAAUAGGAAAAGAAAGAGUCUAAGUGCUAAUAUAAUUGUCGAUAAUUGUUAUAUAGAAAACAAGUUAAUUUGAGAAAUAAAGGAAGAAUAGCAAAAAAUGAUGGAAUUAGAUAAAUAAAUGCUGCAAACAAAAUUUUUUACAAUUGUAUACAAUAAUUUGAGAAUAGCGCAAAAAAUUAUAAAAAAAAAACAUUGGGUUUUUUGUUUGUGGAAAUGUUUUCUAUGUAUCAUUCUCUUCAUCAAUAUGUUAUCA